GUUUCAUAAGUGACCUUGCGGCGUUACGUCGAACACCUAUCCUCGUACCACAACUGCAGGUCGUAGCCAUGCAGAAUCAAAUCCACAGCCCCAACCUGGCUCGAUAUGUGAUACAGAGGUAAUUAAAAGUUGUCCAGAUAAUAUGCCAUUACUACAUUUUACCCUGGUUUGUUAUAGCUCCGACGUCAUUUCUGACUUGCGAAUCAAUGUCUUUGAGGAGGGUCACGACAAUGUCAUGUGGUACAAGGAAAGGUUCCUAGGGGACGACGAGAUCAUUGAGCAUGUUGUGCACAACCAAACAUCAACAAUCUGCUGGACAAUUCACAAACCAAAGCGCGGGUGGUAUAUUCGCAUCCGUGCACCAUCAUUUCCCCUAGGCGUCUCCAUAUCCCUCCUUCCUAUUCCCCGCACGUCCCCUAAUUAUACAGACGCCGCGCUGUCCUUAUCAUGUCUUACGAACGCCCCCUCUACUAUGAUAGACUCACCCAGUACCUCGAAGAUGUCCAUAGAUAGUACAUCGACUGUGCACUCUUAUCCCCCAACACCGCCCCCAGCCUCCAUUAUGAUCACACCACCUACACCACAAAGCCUAAGUGCACGGUUGGAAGAAAUAUCCCCAUCGCCCAUUGCAGCACAGAAACGUCCCUCUCGUUCUGAGGCAACGCAGUUCUUGUUGGCACCACAUUCUACACCGCACAUCCCGGGGCCACAUCCAGGCGAGCAGACAUCGUUCAUAACACGCACGCUGUCGAUGUUCAAAAACAACAGGCCUUCACACUCUGCCUCAUUCACGAUCACGCAACUCAACCAGUCUAGUCCCAAACUGCCUAGUUCGGGACAUCGAAUAUCCCAGGUCAUUCCGAUGACCCCGACGCCAUUGUUAACCUUCCAUGAUCGUACACCGGUACUCACCUUGGCGUCGGUGACGGGUCUUCUCGAGAUCAAUAGAGCAGAAGAGCGUGUAUUGGGAAUUGAUACGAGCUUUUGGAUCGCUGUUGCCUUAGCUUAUUGGGAGUUUUUGGAAGAUAGAGAGGUGAGUAUCUUGCCGAUUGGCCCUAAAGCACCUGGUACCGUCCGUCUGUCACUGUCUCUUCGGCAGUUCCCUCCUUUACGCCGAUUCUCUGAAUAUGAUCGCUGACACAAUCCUUGUACAGGGCUACCUGGCUGCAGUCAGUGAUUAGACCCAGUCUCAUAUGCCAGUACCCUGCUGUUUAACUGUUAUCAUGCUAUAUUG